AUGUGGCCUCUGUUGGCGCUGCUGUUGGCGCUGCUCUUCCAGCACCCGUCUUGGGCGCUGUUUCGGGACUGCGUCGGCGUGCAGAUCCUGUUCAUAUCGGUUGUGUCGCCGUGGUCUGCAGUCACGGGUCCAGUGGCCGGUGUUAUCGCCUUUGCUUGGCGCCUUGGGUGGACCUGCGAAUCUCCCCGGUGCUUCUACGACGACUUUGGCGAGCCUGUGGACUUCAUUCUCAUGUCCCCCGCAAUGGUCGCCGCUGCGGUGCGCAGAUCUGUGGCCAGGUGGCGCACCCGGAGAGUGGCUAGCACGCUCCCCACUCUCAUCGCUGGGGAUCCCGACGUGCACGCCCCGGCGCAGACCGAGAUGCUCACGCUGCUCGUGGACCGCCCGAUUGGGCUGCUCCUCAAAGGACGCGGGAAACCCUGCAGCACGGUGCCGCAGUGGACGGGGCGCUGUCGCUCGCAGCUCCUCUCCGCAGCCACGGGCGGGCAGUGGCCGCAGACCCGGAUCGCGAAGUUGCCGGACACCGACGGCUUCGUCGAUCGACGCUGCCAGCUCUGCGGCGCUGUUCUUGGCACUCUGCUGCACCGCCGUGUUUGCGCGGCCUCGCUGCCCCCGGAAGGGUGGCCCGACCCGCCCGAGGAGUGCGACCGUCUCGUCUCGUCGCUGCCGGAGGCCCGACUUGACCUUCUCCGGACUCGAGGUUUGUUCGCUAUCCGGUUGCCGCGGCCCGUGCCGCAGGAGGAGGUUGCCGUCCGGUGGCAUCUUGGCCCGCCAGACGAGAGCCGCACAGACUUCUGCUGGUACACGGACGGGUCCAUGAAGUACGGUCCGCAAUGGGAAUUGCGGCGCACUGGCUGCGCCAUCGUCGUCGUGUCGGCCGACGGGGACCUCGUCGCGUAUGGUAGUGCUGUGCUUCCGCCGUGGAUUCGAACCGCGGCAGCUGCCGAGCUCUGGGCCGUCCUCCUGGUGCUGUCUAUCGCGAUCGUGCCGCCGUCCAUCCGCACGGACUGCCGCUCGAUUUUGUCACCGGCCAUAGCCGGAACGGUGCAAGCUACCAAGCCCACGAGGAUGCUUGCCCAAGUUUGGUCACGGCUGGCCACCGUCCUUGAUGGCGACGUGUCUGGGCUGGCUAUGUCAGGCAAGUUCACAUGGAUGCCAGCACACGGCACGGCUGCUGUGAUCGGCACGGCUCGUCGAUCCGAUGGCAUUGCGGUCGCGGCGGUGGACUGGAGGGCCAAUCGGUUGGCCGAUGCUGUGGCCAAGGCGGCUGCCGGCUGCCCGCCGCAGCGCGUCGCAGCUCAGCACCUUCUCCUGGACGCGGAGAAGUUGGUUGCGCACGAGGCCGCUGUCUUCGGGGCCGUCACCUACGCGGCGAACCACCAUGAGCGGGUGGAGCUCGGGCUGGACGGCCGCCCUCGGCGCGUGCUCGAGCGCGACGCCGCGGCCAGGCGGCGGCCGAAGGCGGCAGAUCGCGCGAGCGCCCGGGCGCUGCGUGGGCCGCCAGCGGCUCCGGCUGCGGCUGCAGCGCCGGUGGCGGCGCCGCCUGCCGCCCCCUUGCCAGCGAGGCGGGGCCCGAUUCCGCGGGCACGCGGGGGGUGCAGGGCGCAUGCCGCCGCGUCGCGCGCAGCCUCGGCGGCCCGGGCUGCUGCCGACGCAGCUGCUACGCAGGCGGUUUGCGAGGCGCGCGCGGCCGCCCUGCGCCCUUCCUCGGCGCCACCGGCUGCCGAGCGGCUGGCUGCCUUGAAGGCGCGCGUCCUGGCCAGGCUGGGCCAGGAAACCCAGGACUUGAUCGACAUGGCCCUCGGAGAUGAUCAGCUAGAAUGUCUGUGGUUACGAGGUCAGGAGAUAGAGCUCCUGUGCAAGUGCGAGAAAGGUAUUGGGAAGACCCACACGAAGUGGUCCCCAGUGUGCACUGCCUCCUACCGCUUGGUGCCGGUUAUCGAGCUGUCGAGACCAGUGGUGGGAGAUGACGCAGUGCACCUCAAGGAGGCCAGAGGGAUCCUUUGCCGAGAGAGCUCGAUGGCAGCCAGGGCAUCUUUGCGAUGA